CCCAGGUAUUGGAAGGGAGAACAUGAAAGUUGGUAUGAGUAACUUGUCCAGCUCAGUGUUUUCCAUGCAUCCUGUGUCUCAGGAGGGGGCAAGGGCAUGCAAAUCGGCAGCUGCUUCCUACCGAUUUCUCCUUUGGCCUUGGAUUUUGCCUUUCUCAGGUGCUGUGGAUUCACUCCUUGUUGACCCUGACUUAUUCUUCUAACAGCAGGGAUUCUCACGUUCAGCGUCAUCAUUCACUGGGUGCAUGGGUGCCCUGCGUGACCUUGCCUCUGCUUCUGAAAACUGUAAGGAAAAGCCAAUUAAAGGGUUUUGGAUUUUGUUAAACGCCAGCAGUGAGGUCCUUACUGAGUAACCACCCACAAAACUACCACCCAGAUAAGAAUUUAAUCCUGCCCUCACGCAGUCUGUAAAGGCGGCAGUCUGUGAGCGAGCUGUGGGGGGAUGACAGCUCACUGGCUGCGUGAAGCAGACAGACAGUGAGAAAACUGAUUUCCUAUCAUACCGUAGACUGCUCUGCCAUCGUGACUCACAGUUGCUACUCACUUCAUCUCUGUGAUGACAUUUCUGACAAAGAGAUGUCGAUAGCACUAAGAUCGACAUUCAUGAAUAUCUUUGAAUCUGGCCUCUCUUUCACACGUACACUAGCAUUUGCCUUUUUCACACUUUAUCCCACGUCAAAGUACCAUUUAUAAUAUCUUCCAUCAUGACCCCUAUCUGUCUUCUUUAUGUUCCUAAAGAGAAUUUGGAAGAUUUUUUUUAGCGUGCUUGCAAACGUAACCUUUUAGGAAGAAUCAGUGCGAGACUGAUUUCAUCGUCGAGUGCUUUAGGGUACAGGCAGGAUAUAGAUGCAGAAUGCAGAAAAACAGGUCUGAUAUGUUUAGAGGCCUGAACAUUUUUAUAGCCUGAGGAAAUCCAGAACGUCCCUUGAAAAGAUUUGGUUGGUUGGUUUUGUUUGUUUUUGAUUUGCAAACUACAGAAACUCUCAGCUCACCAGCAGGUACGAUGCUGCUACUCCUGCAGAAAGCAAACUUCCUCAUUUCCAGCUAUCCCAACCCCUGAUGAUUCUCAUGAGACCAGGUAGAUCUUGUCUUUCCAAACAUGAUCUGCUAAUAUGGGCCUGGAUUCUAAAAUUAAUUUUGCUGGGGGCGUCCUGCUCCCUGAGCCAACUGCCUCAAUCAGUGAGUCAGCUAGUUCUCUUAGAUUUGUUAGUGGAAGAAAUUGGUGUCAUCAGCAUAAUGACAUGUAUAUGCAGCGUGAGAUGCAGAUACCAUAUCACAGAGUGCUGCUGAGACACAUCCUGAGCUCCAAACAACGUCUGUAUUGAUGCUUGUAGAACAAAAAGGUUACUACAUCUCUUUCCAUCAAUAUCUUCCAUUUUUCAGUUUGCCUGGAUGCUGUCUUCAUUCUCCAGACUGUCUGCUGUCCUGGGAUUCCUCUUCUCCAGCAUGGUAUAUUCUCAGCUUCCUUUACGGAGCUGACACUUUCCUCCAUUAUGUAGCUGUAUCUGAUAGCAGUGGCUUGAACAACAGUCUGCAGAUCCAUUACUUUUAAGCCCUAAUGUUGGCUUAGAUUUGAUUUAGACCAACAUAGGCUAAAUUCUAAUGUUGGCUUAGCCCUUGUGCAGGCCUUCUCUAAUGUUUGCCUCUUCAGGCAAGACUCUCUGUCUCCCUGCCUGUGUGAUUUCUGAUGGAAGAGGAUGUCAUUAAUCUCUUUUUACUUGACUACAUGACUGCAAAGGUUAAUCACGUAUUGUCUGCAGAGGGGGCCUAUUACAUAAAUACAGAUUACUAAUUUUUCCUUAAUUACUCCUCUGUGUGCCUGGGAUAGAAAGGGAUAGAAAACCGCCUCUUAAGUCUCAUUUUACGAGAUAAACUGAAAAACAGCAGCUGCUCUUGCUGAACUUAGGUUUUCUCUGAUAUGCUCAGUUCAGAGUUUCCUGGAAAAGGCUAAAAGCCGCAUAAGCUAUGGUCUUCUGUGGGGAAAUGGGGAAGUAGAAAAUAGCUCUGAGUAAAUCUGCUUGGCUGGUACAGCACCAUUUGUUUCCACAGGUCAUAGAGAAAGCAGCAUGUCUUACAAGAAAAGCUGUAUCCAGCUAUCACGAUGAUCUGGAUUUACAGAACCUCUAAGAUUAUUGAGAAGAAAGUACACAUCAAACUGACUUCAACAGACUUUUUGGUUAGUAUAGACAAGGACCAAAAGAAAAGCAAAACUCUGUCUGUCUAGUUCUAAGGCUGAUAAUCACUCUCUUCAGUCAAAAUUUUAGAACUUGGACAGCUGAAGUUGGUUUCUUAUUUCAGUAACUCGAAAUAAUAAAGAUACUAAUGACAGUAGCCCAGUUUUGCCAGGCCCCGGCAGUAGGAAAUAUGUGUUGUGAAUAUUUUUAACUAAGACGGUUUAGUAAUUCACUUUUGCACAGCUUGACAGAAGGCAAAUGGUGACAGGGCACGGUCCCAGCCUAUUAAGAAACCUGCUUUAAUGGCUAAGAGUGCCUGAACCAUAAAUGAUGCUAGUGCUGGUAUGCUUACCUGAUGUUGAAAUACAGACAAGUAUUUCCAGCAUAGUCAAGGCCAGCGAACAAAGGGACUUCAGGUGUACAGCACAUGAUAGGGAGCACAUUCGGUGCUUUAGAAGGAGGCCUUGGGGAUCGUGCCCAAGUGACAAACAUUGGUUGCUAUAGAGAUAGUUGUCCUCUCUAAAUACAGACAGAUCACUCCAGGAUGCAGCAGAGUUUCACUGCAUCUCAGUGCAGACAGAGUCAACAAUUUCCUACAGCCCCUGUCAAAAUAGCUGAAAUUUUACCAGACUUUCCUUAAAGGAACCCGUCAGCUUUCCGGAGUAAUGUGAAGAGUGCUGAGGUGAGCUGAGCUGUGAGAGACACCACUGACGGCUGCUUACUGCUGUUAAUCAUCUCUCUAAAGAACAGUCUCUGCUGAGGAGGACUUGGGGAACCUGGGUAGCAGCAUGAGCUUCAGUUCAGGUACACGCCGGGAUCUUCUCUGUGGGAAGAUGGUUCCUCUUCCUUUCCAGCCCUCCAGCCUGGUCCGAGUCUUCCUCAGCUCAGUUUUUUCAGACAUGGCUACAGAGAGGGAGACCCUCCUGGAGGCAGCAUAUCCAGAAGCGCUGGCUUUCUGUCAGAAGCACGGCCUAAUGUUUGAGGUAAUUGACCUGAGAUGGGGUAUUUCUGAGCUUGUAGACACUGAUCACAGGAAUACACAACUCUGUCUGGAAGAAAUUGAAGCCUGUCAGAAAAUGUCAGCAGGUCCCACCUUUAUUGGACUCCUGGGGGACUGCUACGGGCACCAGACUGUGCCCCACCUCAUCGCAGAGAAGGAGUUUGAGGCCCUAACUCUGCAGGUGUCAGGGGACUCUGCCCAGCUCCUGACGCAGUGGUACCAGCAGGAUGAGAACGCGCUGCCCACCUGCUAUGUGCUCCAGCAGGUUGAUGGGCAGGCCUGGCACCGUGUGGAGAGACGCCUGGCCUCAGUGCUGUACGUGGCAGCCCAGAAGGCAGAGAGGUGUGGGCUGCUCAGCCCAGAGCAGAGGCACUGCUACCACAAAUCAGGUGUGUUCUGGCAGGCCUGUAAUGUUAUUCUAACCAGAGCUGUCAGGGAAGAGAGCUGUUUGGUUCCAGACAGCACCAGAUUGCGUACAACAGGCAGUAUGCAGGGAAGGAAGAGAUUUAACCAUCUGCCAGAUCCUGGGGAGGGAGGUUCAUGCAUGGCUUUUCCUGUGUUCUGUUCUAGAAUCAAACGCCCACAUCCCCCUUUUUUUGUAGCGAUUGAACGGGAGAUUGAACACUGUCUCCUCGAUACCCAGCAGAGCAACCUGGGGGCUUUCAUAAUCCUCAGAGAGGCAGAGGAUUCUGACAAACAAAUAGACAAAGGGACAAACUCUGAGCUGGUGGAGAAAGAGGACAACCUGGACAGUGAAGAGGAACAGCUGCUCAGCAACCUUAAAGCGAAAAUUGCGAGCCAUCAUCCCAAACACCUCAAAGUACACACACUGGCAUACAGCAAAGACUCCGGGACCGCUCAGCACAAGAGGAGUAAUAAAUACCUGAAACAACUCUGUGAACAGUUCACUGCUGUCACUAAACACCAGGUCUUAGAGAAUCUUCGAUACCAAGGACAGAUCAGAGAGGAGCCAGAGAGACUUCUGGAGGAGCUGAGCCACCAUGCAGCUCUGUGCCUGGAGAACUGCAGAUUUUUCUGUGGGAGACAGAAUUUAUUGGAUAACAUUUUUCACCAUAUCAGGCAGAACAAUGAUAAAACGCACACAGCUCUGAUCCUCUAUGGGCCACCAGGCUGUGGAAAAACAGCUGUGAUGUGCAAACUAUCUGAGCAGGUGCAAGCUGUUUUAGGGCAAGACACUGUGGUUGUGAUUCGUUUGCUGGGGACAUCCCAGCUCAGUUCUGCUAUUCACAGCCUGCUGAGGGACAUUUGUCUCCAAGUGUGCUUAGCUUUUGAUUUGCCACCACCUCCAAACCAAAUCAACCAGGCUCGCAGUGAUUUAGUCUUGUUCCUCAGUAACCUCCUCCUCACUGUCUCACAUUGCAGCACACAGACACUGGUGUUGUUCCUUGACUCUGUGGAGAGAUUGUUUCCUUAUGAUGGUGCUCACAGAUUCUACUGGCUCCCAAAAGAUUGCCCCCCAAAGGUCCACAUCAUCAUUUCCAUUUCCACAACAGAGCAUGAUAUUCUGAAAGCUCUCCAACACACUGUGCCUGAGGCUGAGGCAUACUUUGAAGUAGGACCCUUAUCUAGUGAGGAAGGUGAGGAGAUGCUAGAGAUACUCUUCGCAGCAGACAGACGGCAGCUGAGCCCCGCUCAACAGGCUUAUCUCUGGCACAACUUCCCCAGUGGUGGGCAACCCCUGCUCUUUAAGCUGGCUUUCCACGAGGCCAGGAAAUGGGCAUCUUACACUUCACCUUCAGAACUAGUGAUUGCUAGCACAGCCCAGGAAGCCAUGCACCAUCUGUGUGAGGGAUUGGAAAAGUCACAUGGCACAGUCCUUGUGGCCCAUGCGCUUGGCUACAUUGCUUCCUCACGAAACGGGCUGUCAGACAUGGAGCUAAAGGACAUUUUAUCCCUUGAUGAUGAUGUUCUUUCAGAGAUUCACCACUGCCACUUUCCUUCAAGUAAAAGUGUCCUGCGCCUUCCUCCUCUCCACUGGGCACGGCUGCGCAGUGACAUGGGAGAGUGCCUGGCAGAACGGAAGGCAGAUGGCUUCACCCUUCUUGGCUUUGCACACAGGCAAUUUGUUGAAAUGGUACAGAAUCGUUAUCUAUCAAAACAAGACCAAAUCAAGCGGCAUUUUCUCCUAGCAGAUUUCUUCAAGGGGACUUGGAGCUGGGGAAUGAAGAAACCUCUUGUAUUACCAAACUUUAGCAGGACUCUGAAUGCUGACAGGAAGGUAGCCCCUCAGCCACUCUGGUUCUCUGAUACUGUUGCUAAUCGGAGGAAGCUGAGUGAAUUGCCAUUUCACUUACUCGGUGCAGGAAGAAUUGAGGAGCUAAAACAGGACGUGUUGGGGAAUAUGAACUGGAUCAGCUGUAAAACAAUUGCCUCUGGAAUACAGAGUGUUGUUGAUGACUUUGCGAUGUGUACUGAACAGAUCGACUGUCCAGAAUUACAUCUUGUGCAGAACACUCUUCUCCUUUUGAAACCCGCAGUCAGCAGUAUAGACAGCCUCGAGGGUAAGAGAUUGAGUAUACUAUACACAGAAGUGCUGGCCAGGCUUCUUUUUCUCAUGCCUUCUUACCCUGAUGUGAUUGGGAAGCUGUGCCAACAGUGUGUAAGCUGGUUCAGUGUCUGUCCCUAUCCUGUUCUCAUUCCGUUGUCUGGAUUUCUCCAGCCACCCGGUGGGCCCCUGAACACAACGCUCACCGGAUUCCUCAAAGGCGUCACAGCAAUGGCACUUAGUUCUGACUACAGGCUGCUGGUGGCAGGUUCCCAGGAUGGCUCAGUGCUUGUCUGGAAUAUGGAAAUUAUCGAGAUGCUGCACACCUUGCCUGGGCACUCUGCUGAGGUGAGGUGUGUGAAAGUGUUUGGAAAAGGAACCUGUGCUGUUUCAGCUGCCAUGGAUCACAGUCUGCGCAUCUGGAAUCUGACUUCUGGCAGAGCACAGUUUGUUAUCCAGGAUACCCACUUGGAAGAACAGCCUUCAAAUUGCCUUCAUGUGGAUGAGAGGCACAUGAUUGUAUAUUCUUCCUCAGAUACAAAGGUUAACGCUUGGCACCUAGAGACAGCAGAACUCAUCUUCCAGAUUUCUGGAGAGGCGACAGAUGCGUGGAUGUGUUCUGCAGUAUGCAGCCCAAGGCUGAUGAUUAUGACUAUGUCUGAAGGAGGAACGCUGAGUCUGUGGAACAGCAUCACCGGCGAGCUGCAAUCUAGAUGUCAGCUAUUAGGGCUGCAGGAAGAAAUAUCAACUGCUGGUGUUCUCAUCCAGAAGCAAGGGAAGAUGAUAGUGGGAUUUAGUGGAGGAUCUCUAUCCGUGAUCUCUUCUGAUGGGAACAGUCUGCUAGAGAAGCUUCCUGGAAGGGUUGGCUUUGUGGUGGCAUCAGAAGAUGAGUCCAUUCUUGCUGCAGGCUUUGGGGAACACGUGCGAGUGUUUCUGGCUGACUCAAAGGGAUUCCACAGGUUGCUAGCAGCAGAUUUGGAACAUGAAGGAAUGGUUCAUACAGCUGUUAUAUCUCCUGACAACAGCAUAAUUGUUACUGGUUCUGAAACUGCAUCUAUCCAGGUGUGGAGUCUAACAGACCAGGGUUUGCGGACCGACAGGCUGGAUGGCAUGGGGGCACCAGCAACCCUCUUAGCCCUGUAUGACUGCACUUUGGUCUCUGCCUCCUCCAGCGCACCAUAUCUAAAAGUGUGGAACCUCAUUUACGAUCAGCAGCAGAAAACCCAGGCACCUGUCCCAGAGACAGGCUGCACUGCACUGUCGCAUGGUGGGAACUAUGUCUAUUUUACCCAGCCUGAAGAGAGACAUAAAGUCAUCAUCUGGGACACCACAGAAGGUGCAGCGUGUGACACACUGGACACCUCUGCCCAAGUGAGAUGCCUGGAAAUAGCUGAGCAAAACCAGCUCCUUUUCACUGGGCUUGUGUCUGGAACAGUCCUUAUCUUUCCACUGAAUUCCAGGCAGGAUGUAGCAUGCAUCCCACCUCCAGAGUCACAGAAACCAGUCAAUGAUAUCGCAGUCAACAAGAGAGAAAAGCAGCUGGCCAUAGCAUAUGACGAUUUAGUCCUUGUGCUGGAUAUUAUCCCUGCAGAUCCAUGCCCAGUGAUCACCAGGCCCACCUACACCUUUUAUACCCAGAUCCCUGGCUCUCUGGUUUCCAGUGUGGCUGUCCUCGCAGAUUACAGAGUCCUCUACGGCAUGACUAGCGGGGACUUAUUCCUUUAUGACUGCCCUCAAUCCGCAGUAUUUCCUUUGGAAGCUCACAGAAGCCAGAUCUCCUGUUUGGAAAGCAGCCAUGGAGAGCAGUGGGCGCUCAGCGGAUCUGAAGAUUCUCUAUGCACUGUUAAGGUAUCCAGGUCCAAAAAUGCUGUCAAACCUGCGUCCCUCCUGAAAGGCAUUCGCUGUGCUUGCUUCUCAAAAGAUGAUAAAUACUUGUACACUGGAGCAUUGGAUCAGUCCAUUACAGUCUGGGAUGUUGCAAGUGGUGCCUUACUAGCCGCACAGUGCAUAUACACAACUGCUAGCAGAAUGGUACCAACUGCAGAUGGGUUUGUUGCAACAACACAACUCGGCUAUAUCAUUCACGAGCGGUUUCACUGUCCUCAGACCGCAUCUCCUCAGUAUAACCCCCUCCAGAACAUCACGGCAACGUGUACAGUAAAAUCCAGAAAGAAAGAAGGGGGAAACUUGAGCAAGCAACAAUAUAACCAAAGAAGCUCUUCUGGGAACCUGAUUCGUACCAACAAGCUCUCUCAAAUCUGCUCAGUGAUAUAAACAGCAAAGAUGACAAGGAUUAGGCAUCAUAAGCAUCCAGGGUAGAGCCUACAGGUUUCUCUUUCCAUCUGCUAUAUUCUUUU